UAUAAAAGCCACGUGCAUCGAGCCCGCUGAAUCAUACGUCCAAGUCUCGUAGAACCAGUCGAUCAAUGAUCUUACUGCGAGAGUAGUUACGCGAGUGUUGCGCGAGUUUGCGUCAGAGCAAAUAGUGAAAGCGAAUAGAGAAAGAGGAAAGCGCAGAAGUGACUCGACUCAACUCAGUGAGACGACGAGAGCUGAGCUGCUAAGCCGGUCGACGACAACGUUAAAAAUUCGUCCGACAGGCCGUACCGUGCCCUCGAAGAUUCCCACGUUCAGUGAAGUGUGCAAGAGAGGCGCAUUGAGGAUUAAACCACCGAACGAGAAAACGAAGACCGAUAUGACUUGUUGCCAAGAGCCGCAAUCCUAUCACGCACAGGCCACGAUGUCUGACAGUGGGAAAGCGUCGUGGUGCGAGUCUCGCUGCUACGGAAGCACCGUCACGUGUGGCAUGCUGCCGACACUUCGAGAACUGGCUUCCAGAGGAUGCAAUAGUCGGGGGAGCGUCUGCCUGGUGCCCUUCGAUAUUGAGAUGGACGCGGCCAGUCACCUUCAGAUGACACUGCUCGAGGCUUAUUGCCGGGAGAUCGGAAUCGAGGUGUUAAACGUGCCCAAGGAGACGAUACGGCUCCAUUUGUGUCCAGGAAGCACGGAUCUAUCGUGCGUCCUGAUAAGCAACGACGAUCCGUUUUUCUUGCCCAAUUUGCCGAAGUUGCCGAAGUGAAACUCAAAGACUCAUCCUUGAGAGCUGAACCUACCGGACCGGAUUACACGCGGUCUUUCACAAACCAGAAGCGUCUUGCUGAGCCCUGCGUCGGGGAGAGACUCCACGCAGAGGAUGGAAGAAGAGGGAAUUUCGAUUCGGCAAGCAAUGUGUCCUGUGUGUCUCACCAACGAGGCUGCUGUUAAUGGACAUUUUAUAUUGAAUGAGAUGUAAUCAUCUGUCUUGCCAAAUCUGUAAGUUUUAGCUGUGUUUAAAAACACUUUCUGUACUCUCCUUUGAUUCUUGAGUACUUUGUAUCUGAAUGCAGAAAGUAUAAUAAGAAGCAGCUGAGAAGAACAGAUCUGUUACAUCGUUAGAAUAAGCGUUAUGAGCAGGCGAGUGGUGUUUCCUCUCGGAAUCACUCGCAACAUUCGGUAAUUGUUGAAUGUUAAAUGUGAAAUAUUAAAUGGUUAUUGAAUGUAAAAUAUUAAUUAACACAUAUAUUUUUCAACUAUACAUUUUGUCGUCGAAAGAAACUAAUCUUUGUUAUACUUUGUAAACAUCGACAAUUGAGAUGUAUCGAAGAAAGAACAAUGUAAAUGUAUAACAUUGUCAUUGAUAAUAAUAUACAUAUGAUAUUAAAAAAAUACAAGGAA